AUGGUCGAAUACGGGAGGCGCUCUGGGCGCGCUGCAGCUCGACGCGCAGCAGCAGCUCUUGAGCGGACACCCAAGAACGUGGACCCGGCCGAAGACGAAGUCAUGGCCGACGUGACCGCUGACGAGGCAGCCGACACCACACACAACGACGACGCACAAGACGACGCACAAGACGACGCACACGACAAAGACGCACCGAACGGCGACAACGACAACCGAAACGGAAACGAAAACGAAAACGCCAACAACGACACGGCCGACGAGGCGUCGGCCCCGGCAUCGGGCGUCGCCUCGGCCGCCACCAAGUCGCCCGCGGCGUCGCCCGCGCCCGUCAUGAUGAUCCGCCGCAAACGCCUCGGACGGCCGCCAAAGAACCGGCCGCCAGACUGGGACGGCAUGGUCGAGGUGCCCAUGAGCGAGAGCGAGAUUGCCGCCGCACAGGCCGCCGCCCUCGCCAAGGAGCGCGGCGAGACGCUGACGCCCCGGCGGCGCGGGCGCGGUGGCUGGCGCGGGCGCGGCGGGCGCAAGGGCGACCGCCAGGACGGGCACGGCGGAGGGGGCGGGCCACUGCAGCAGGCGAUUGACAAGGACGGUAACGUGGUCGACAUUGUCAACGACGAGCUGGACCUGCCCGAGGACCCGGCGGGCGAGACCAAGGUCGACAAGGACGGCAACCUGCAGGGCGGGCGCGAGUACCGCUGCCGCACGUUUACGGUGGCGGGCCGCGGCUCGCGGCUGUACAUGCUGUCGACGGAGCCGGCGCGCUGCGUCGGCUUCCGCGACUCGUACCUCUUCUUCACCAAGCACAAGCGCCUCUACAAGAUCAUUGUCGGCGACGACGAGAAGCGCGACAUGAUUGAGCGCGACAUCAUCCCCCACAGCUACAAGGGCCGCGCCAUUGGCAUCGUGACGGCGCGCUCCGUCUUCCGCGAGUUCGGCGCCCUCAUUAUUGUCGGCGGCCGCCGCGUCAUCGACGACUACACGCUGGCCAACGAGGAGGAGGGCGCGCCGCCCGUCGUCGAGGGCGCCCUCGCCGACCCCAACGACAUUGUCGUGCCCGGCGAGCCCUACAACAAGAACCAGUACGUGGCCUGGCACGGCGCCAGUGCCGUGUACCACGCGUCCGGCGGCGGCGGCGGCGGCGGUGGACCGGGCGUCGGUGGCGGCCUUGUCGAGCGUGGCGGCGGCGGCGGGGCCGGCGGCGCCUCGGCGCACGCCCACACGCUCUACAAGGCCGCCGACGCCAAGCGGCGCCGCGUCGCCGUCAACGACUACAACUGGCAGCUCGAGCACGCCCGCGAGGCCAGCAGCUUCAACAGCAUGCUGACGGCCGCGCGCGGCACCACGCUCGCCGGCGUCUACGACAUCCACACCAACCUGGUCCAGUACCCGGCCAGCAUGCAGCCCCAGCGGGCGCGGGCGGUGCUGGUGCAGGACGGCGGGGGUGCCAACGCGGACGCAGACGCAGACGCAGACGCAGACGCAGACGCAGACGCAGACGCGACCACCGUCUUCCCGGUGCUGUCCCCGCUGGUCGCGCGCAACUUUUACGUCGCCGACAUGCACCUCGAAACACCCCCCGCCGGCAUCGCCCCGGCCGCCUACGACCGCUACCGCAUCGACGACGACGGUGAUUCUGUCAGCAGCAACAAAAAAGCCGACUGGCUGGCCCCCUUCCAAGGCCUGGCGGCCGUGCCCGACGACAUCCGCGCGCUGCUGCCCGCCGAGUGCCGUGCCGCCUUUGACGCCGCCGUCGACAAGGAGCAGGCGUGGUUCGGCCAGUGGGGCCCCGAGGCCACGAGCAUGAGCCGCCGGGAGCCCGUCAUUGACAAGGCCAUUGUGCCGUACGCCAUGAUGUUGUAG